AAAUCAAAACAAACGAGUGAAUCGAAUGUUGGUGCAUUGCUUUCCGGUGCUGUGCGGUUUACUACGGUGUCGGAUUGGGCAAAAUUUACGUUGAAAUCUACUUCCGUUUCGUGCCUCGAACGGAAGCGGAAUGUCCCAGUGGCUGUGUGCGUACGAGAAACGAGUGUUCAAGAUGGAGAAAAUAUUCCGAAGGAAUUUGGUUGCUAUUAGCUCGCUAGUGGAUGUACUCAUCUAUACCGUUGGCAGGAUUUUAGUGAGAAUCGGGUCAUGGUACCGGGAUAGGGCAGUAAUCGUCAGCGGUAACCGUUCAAUUGUACUCCGGAAGUGGAAUAUCCUUGAAGGAAAAAGCGCGUGAAAUAGGUUAUAAUCGAUGGUGUUUGCCUUCGAAAGAAGAAUUUCCAGUGACGUGAAGUGAAGUGAAGCGGGUUUAAGCAAGUAGUAGUACCAAAAUCACCAAUAUUGUGGCUUGUGUCUUCGCUUCGUACUGUACUGGGACUGAGUGUUUAGUAUUCGUUACUUCCGUCGUUGGGGAUUGUCUUGGAGGGACCGAGGAUCCCCGUCAAGACCCUAUAUUCCAUCAAUUAGCACAAUAGGAUUCGUGGUCACUUAUCGUAUUUGUUUGAUUGUGUACGGUGGAUUGUAGCGAAUACGAAUUUUUGGGAGUAUCUAUGUAUUAUUUGGAGAGUUUCCACCUAUUUCCUAAGAAAUCCUAUACAGUCCGCAAAACUUACACGCAAGGGUGUUGAAAUGUCGAAGAGUUAGUUGUACAUUAGUAUAAUUAUCCGGACAAAUUUGGCUCAUCUACCUUAUAGUUAGUAGUCUGAAACAAGGAUAAACUGGAACUGUGAAGUUGUAUACUUAUUUAAUCCAUAUAAUGCCAGAUUACAAAAUCAAGCAAGUAUGAUUAGAAUUGGGUCACUAGCACAAUUGUAUGCAUUGGCAUUUGAAGCAGUUGAGUAUCACAUAAAAUUUUUACCCUGAAAUGUUUGAAUAGAAACAAAAAAAACGCAAUUUCGGUUAAGGUAUCUAAGGAACGUAUUUUGUGUUUGGAAUUUCCCUUAAAAUGUUCUACAUUCCAAUUCUGUAUUCCUCGAGACAUAUUCAUCAAAGUUUAAGCAAGUUUCUUCAAUAUAUUUCUGUCAGGGCUCAUUAGUUUUCUGUUCGAGUUUGACAUUGUGUAUCCAUAGAUUGCUUGAAAUGUCAGUAAAUCUAUUUAUUUCAAAAACAAACUUGGAUUUACGAACACCUGGGUGCCGCGAGGUACUUUCUGGAAGUUCUCGAGGAAGAAUAUCUUAUUCGAAAUGAAAUUUCAAGCAUACAAAAUCGAUCUAGUAAUUUUUAAAUUUGUGAGUGGGUACUAUAAUCUGUUAGUUUAAACAGUAUAUCAGUUCAAGGAAAUUUUGUCGGAGUCUGCAACAAUCCAUCAAAAAAAUUAGGACCAAGUCAAGGGAAUUUAAAAUCAAAAUAUUUUUCUCCGAAAUACAAAACUCGUAUUUUUGGUGGAAGACGAACCACUGCUACCAUUAUUUAGAUCUAUUGUGGUAAAAACUCGUAUUUAGUUUUUUUUUUAAAUUACUAAUUUAAAAAAACUUGUUUUAAUCCACCUAGUGGUGCAAUUGCGCCUUUCUCAUUUAUCCAAACUAUGAUUUAUUAGCUGGUUUUGGUCAAUAGAAUUGUGGAAAUGUCUAUUACAUUCUUAUUUCAUUUAGCACGUUUCCCACGAUUACCACGAAAGUAGACGCUGACUCACUUUAAACAAAAAAGUAUAGGGGAGACCGGGGCUGAUUUGCGGUGUUUUUAGUUUCCCCUUUUUUAGCGCUUUGAUGUUGAUCUUGCAAAAUAGAACAUGUCGCUGUAGCCAACAUCCCUGAAUUUUUUAAAAGUGUUUAUUGAAUUGUCUUUGUUUUUAUAGACACAAAUGUAGGGGGCCCGAGGAUAAGUUGGCGGUAUGUAUGAAUACGCCAAAAAAUGGAGAUUCAAUUACAUCCAAGGUUCGUGCUGAAAGCCUUUUCAAUAAAAUUGUAUAUUAACCGACAAUUGCCAAUAUAUUUCAAUCUCAAUACCCCGGCAUUUUGCUUUGACGCAUAUUUCAUAUUCAAAAGCAUAUUUUCGAAAAUCUUCAGGCGAUUGGCCGAAGUACAUAUCCUUUGCAUUGACGAGAUACACAAAGUUUUACUUUGGAGUGAAUUACAAAAAUAAAAAUGUUUGACGACUACAUUUGCACUGUAAAUAGUAGCGCCAACUUGCCCCGCGUGCGUCGCCGCCAACUUACCCAAAUCGCAUUUUUACGAAAAACUAUUUAAAAAAAAACUUUAUUUCAUAGAUAGAUUUAGUAUCUAUACGGAUACUGAAUGCUCUUUUUACGCACUAUCGAAAAAUAUAAUCAAUUGGGAAACAUCAUAACAUCACCCUAAAUAACACAAAGUGCUUAAAAUUAAAAAGAAUUACUUGGUAUGAUCGAAAACACAAUAUCGCCCAGAACUUCUACAAAACAAAAUGUUUUUUAACAAAAACACAUUGGAUAAUGGGUUUCACUUGAGGCACACAAUGAUAGGCAGCGCCAUAUGUCUAAUAGAAACGAAGACAAAGGGAUUCCACCAACUAGACCCGUGCUCGCCUAAUAUUUAAUUAACUUAAUUCAGCAUGAGUUCGAUGUUAUCUUCAUUAUAUUUUGAAAUGUUGAUGGAAUGGGUUUGGAAGUAAAGGGUGGGUUAGUAGAGUGAGAGUCGAGGAUGCGUCAGAAAUCCUUCAUCUUAUUUCGGUAUACGGGGUGGAUGAAGGAAAUGCGGAUGUGAGGGUGGUCCAGAGGGAGAGUAGUGAUGAAGGAGCGUUUAAGGGCAAGGGUGGUGGGGGCGCUCGUCUUUCAUUUGAGACUUUGUGUGAGAACAACGGUUCAGUCAUCACCGAAAAACCGGCACGACUUAAAUUGUGGUAUAUGCCCGGAAUCCGGGACUUCCGGGAUCGUCGAUAGUGGACAAUAUAUCCAAAGAAUGUUUGAUUGGCAAUCAGUGAUCUAGACGUGCGAAUCGAAGUAAUUUGGUGACCAUUUCAAUAGUUUUUAGCCUCUGCGGUGUUACGAUUAUACCGAUUUAUAUGGGAAAUUCCAGUGUAACCAUACUAACCAACCUGUAACUCCGGAACCAAGAGUCAAAACCGAAUGAAAUUCAGCAGCAGUCAAUGGCAUUACUGUAUCUUUCAUUUGAAAUCAGACUACUUGAGUUGUUUUGUUUCGCGAAUUCCAUCUUGGCCGCCGGUGAAAGCAGCAACCGACGAGCCAGCACCACCGCAACCGACGACGAAAACGAAGACGAACAGGCGAAGGCGGAAAUCGUCAGCGGGUGCGUGGGAGGUGGCGCAGGAGCAGCAGAGCGGUGACGGGAUCGACGACGAGAUCUACCUUGAAGGGACGCCGCAACAGCAACAGCAGCAGCAGCAACGAGAAACUGAGCUUCUGCGGGCGCAGCAGCAGCAGCAGAGCGGAGGGGCGCAAAGAUGUUUGCCGAGAAACUGCUCGCCAGCGUCGUCAAAGCGGAUGUGAUAGCGAACAGCAGCGACGCGGAGGAAAUGCUGGAAAUGAAGUUCGUUCCAGUUGGGAUGAUGAAUGGUUCCAUGAGUAUCCAGAAACCUCAGACAGUCAUUACCGAUUUGGGGAAAGCACUUCUACAGGCAGCCAAAAGCGGUAACACGGAAAAGGUUCACGAGCUGAUGAGUCGAGGGGCACCGUUCACGGCGGAUUGGCUGGGUACCUCUCCGCUGCACCUGGCAGCACGGUACAACCACGUGGACACCUGCAAGGUUCUACUACGAGCUGGCAUCAGUAAGGACAGCAAAACGAAGGUUGACCGAACGCCACUGCACUUUGCUGUGUAUCAGGGCAAUAUAGAAAUCGUAGAGUUGCUGCUGAACAGCAAAUGUGAAGUUGAUGCAAAAGAUAUGCUUAAAAUGUCCGCCCUGCACUGGGCUGUGGAAAAACGACACAACGAAAUCGUCGAGAUGUUGCUGCAACACGGGGCAGAUCCCAAUGCGAUGUCCAAAUUUGGCAAGUCGCCCAUCAGUAUUGCCACCGAAGCGGGACAGGUGGAUUUGGUUCGGAUAUUACUAUUAGCAAAUCAGAUGCGAGCUGCCAGCAGGGAACAGGUACAGGAAGCAACGGAAAACCUAAUGUAUGAACUGAAACAGCAUAAGGAACGAUCCGUUGCCCAGUUGGACGACACUGAGGAUAACAUUACGAUGGACCUAAGUAACGACGAAAGUAUGUCAAACAUGUCAUCUUCCCAUAAGAGCGGAGUGGAGCACCAUGACACCAACACCAACGAUACCGAUAAUCUCAUCGAGAAAGAGGACAGCCUUAGUGAUGCGAUAAUCAAUCUGGAACAGAACACGGAACAGGAUCCGAAAAAUCUCGACUCAAACACCCUUCAAAUGCUGAAGGAGCACGGUAUAGCGAUGAUUCCAUCGGAUGACUCGGGAAGCAGUUUGAUCACAUCGGCCAUACAAAGCGGGCGAAAGAUUGUACUUUCGGAAGCGGGAAAAUUUGCUCUCAACGAAACAAGGGUGCAAUCAGCGGCAACCACAACGCCCGUACCGACUACGAAGAAAACAAUCAAAAUUAUCAAAAAAACAACUCCUUACGGUAUGUCAGGGCAGCAGCAGUAUCACGGCCAUCAUAGACAGCCCCUCGGGCAUGGACAUGCUGGAGGUGGCGGAACUAUUAAAACUAACAAAGUAAUAAAAAUACUUUCUGCUGAAGAGUUUAAACAAAUUUGUGGCGGUGAGGUUGGUGGGCUGAAAAAGCUUCCUUCCUCGGAUUACAGGAAAGCAGUACAAUCUUCGGCUACGAUGAGAGUACCACAAACUGUACAGCGACAAGCGGGAAACUUUUCAUCUUAUGGUUCAAAGACGAUCAAAAAAAUUGUCAUGACCAAGAACAGACUGUCCUCGGGUGGCAGCGGGUCCUAUUCCAACGAAAAUGCCAUCUCCAAGCUUAGUUCUGUAAAUAGUAUCGGUAGUGGUAGCAACAGCAAUAGCAUCAAUAGCAAUAACAACAACAGACACAUAAUCACGUCGGCUGACGGUGUGAAACGACUGCGAACAGCAACCGGUAUGGAGAUAAUCUCGAAGCUUCCCACCAAAAUACCGCAAGACACGGUAGUUUCGGUGGAGGGAGCGGCCGUCACCAGCGGUGUGAUGGGUUCCAGACAAGCCAGUGGUAUUAUUCCGAUUUCAACGAUAAGUGCUGGCCAGCCACGGCAGUCGCAGGUGGUAAGUAACAAUUCAAACUUUUCUUCUUCCAACUCCGCGCUAAGCGGAGGAUUCGGCAGCGGUGGUAGCGGCGGCAGUGGUUCCUCAAUGACCCUCGGUGAGUUGGAGCGGCAUUUCCUCGAGCUGAAAAAGCAAACCGACGACCUGCGGAAACAGUUCGAACUGUCCCAGAAUCAGAACGAGGAGUACAGGGCUCGGGUGGAAAAGCUCGAGAAGGAAGUGCAAACAUUGAAGCAGAGUAGUAGUAACAAUCCUAACAAUUUUAUAGAGAUAGUUUAACGGUAAAGUGAAACAGGCUUAGAGAUUAUUUAUUGUUUAGCGCGUCGCCCUUUCGAACGCUUACUGUAACAUCAGUUAAGUGUGUUGGUUAUAUAUUUUUACGUUGUCGAUUACGGUAUACCCUAAUUUGCUCUCGAGACAAGAAAUAUACACAGAUAUUAUGUCUG